AUGGGCUACAAUUUAGCAGAUAAACAAACUGACUUUGACGUGGUUGAUAAUAUGCAACUUAUGAAUGACUCAGAUUCCUUUGGUAGAUAUUUGUCUGGUUUGACCACUUUCACAAACUUUGGGAUGGAUGUGAUGGGCAUAAACCCUAUUAAAGAUUCACCUGAAAAUUUCAAAAGUAAAGUUCACUUUGAAACCACAGUCAAGUAUGUUAAUGGGAGAUAUUGGCUGGAGUUGCCAUUUAAAGAAAAGAAAAUUGUCCCUUUUCUUCCGACCAAUUAUAGGCUUGCCUUAGGUCAAAUGCUUAAUCAAUUCCUAUUAGUUGCAUCUGCUGCAAAUCCAGCUGACUUAACCAAGAGAGGAAGAGAGGAAAUGGUUAAGCAUCCUAAAGUAGAUCACGAAAUGAAGGAACAUAAUAUAAAAUGGAAGUUUAUAGCUCCCCAUGCUCCAUGGCAGAGUGGAUUUUAUGAACAUAUGAUGAGUCUAGUAAAAUCUCGUUUAAAGAAAGUUCUUUUUAGAGAGAUUGUUGGUGUAGAGGAACUUGAAACUGUAUUGAGAGAAAUACAGUAUUCAGAAAAUACAGUCUGUUCAGUAGGUGUUCUUUGUGAAGGGACUAUUAGUAGAAGGACCUUAGACAAAUUUAUCCCUCUUGAAAUCUAUAGUGCUUCAGAUGACAUUGUGACUGAGUCCACUGAAGAUCAUACUACAAUACUGGAUAAUGAUGUGAGUGAGCCACGUCCUACAAGACAAGCCGCUCGUGAAGCAGCUAGACUCAGACUAUUAAGUGGAAUUGGAUUACGGAUUGGAUUGUUCUUUGAGGAUUGUAAGAAUGAUAUUGUUGACGACCCGGAACGAACCUUGACUGUGGAAGAUUGUGACCAAGGAUAUAAGAUUGAUAUUGAUGACGACGACUAUGGCUGGACCUUGGAAUUGAAAGUGGAAUCGUUCUUGGAGGAAAGAUAUUUAAACAGGAGUGGCUUCGAAUCCGGAGUUAAGGCAUGGAUCAGCAAGGUGGAUGGUGAUGAGUAUAAGGCUUUCUGUGGGGUGUGUAGGUCAUCUCUGGUCACUGAAAUCUCAACUCUUAAACGUCACAAAACAUCACGCCGCCACACAGAUGCUCUUGCACUUCAAGCAGCUGCACCAAACCAGCCUUCUGCUCCAAAUGAGAUUGGGGAUUCUGUUACUCGUGCAGAAAUUAAGUUAAUAUCCUUUUUGGCAGAACAUAAUAUUUCUAUCAAUUCUAUUGAUCACCUCAGUUCUAUAUGUAAAGAUAUAUUCCCUGAUUCACAAAUUGCAAACCAAUUAUCACUCAAGAGAACUAAAGCCACACGUGUACUUGGUGAUAUAGGUAAGUUCUCCCAAAAGCAGUUGUAUGAUGCUAUGAAACAGAACAAAUUUUCCAUUAUAAUUGACGAAACCACUGACAUAAGCACUUGUAAGAGCUGUGCUAUUGUAAUAAAAUUAUUUAACCAAGCCACAGGUAAGAUUGAAACAAAAUUUCUUGAUUUGUUGUCUGUAUAUGAUAAUGCUGAUAAAUCAACACAGACGGCCACAGGAUCAACAGGGGAACAUCUGUUUCAAUUAAUUAAUGACUAUUUUGUAAAACACUCCAUUCCAAUAGACAAUCUAAUAGGAUUUGCUGCUGAUGGGGCCAGCAAUAUCAUGGGUCCCCAUAAUUCACUUAGUAGCAGGCUCCGUGUUGUUGCUCCAGGUGUGACAAUACUCAAGUGUGUUUGUCACUCAGUGCAUUUGUGUGCAUCAAAUGCAGCUAAGACUCUACCCCGUGUUUGCGAGGACCUAAUUAGAAACAUCUAUACGUAUUUUGCACAUAGUGCAAAGAGAAAGAAUGAAUUUCAAGAAUUCCAGUCCUUCUGUGAUGUUAAACCCCACAAACUAUUACAUGUCGCACAGACCCGAUGGCUCUCAUUACAUUUGGCUGUAAAUCGUGUGGUAGAACAGUGGCAGCCCUUAAAGCUAUACUUUUCACAAAAACACCUAGAAGACAGGCUGUCAACUCCCUCUGCUAUAUAUGUAGCACUUAAUGAUCCUGCUGUUUUCAUGUACUUCAAAUUCCUGGCAUUUAUACUUCCUAAGUUUACACAACUCAACCUCAUGUUCCAGAAAAGAGAGUCAACAAUUCACAAGUUGUACAACUCGUGCAACACUUUGUAUAAGGACACCCUUAGGUAUUAUUACAAGCACUAAAUCAUAAAUU